AUGGCAAUCACGUACCAUGCACCGCGUCAAUCAGGCGAUCAACCAGUGGCACCCCGUGGCUCAAGGGUGGCCGCGGACAUUGUCAUGGACGACGGCACCGUGAUCCGGACCACCGUUACGUCGUCCGCCUGUGAUGUCUUGCUCUUUCUCCGGGAGCUCCAGGAACUAUUCUGCAAAGAGAUCCAUGACCACAAUUGCCUCAACAAGGUCCAAGAGCACCACCAUUGCCUCAUCGUCGGCCUCGAUACGGAGUGGCACCAAAUCUCCGUGACCGGCGGGAAGCCCCGGUACCAGAUCGCCGUCCUCCAGCUCUGCGUCGGCGACCGCUGCCUUGUCUACCAGAUUUUCCACGCCGACUACAUCCCUGCCGAGCUCGCGGCCUUCCUCGCCAACCCUGACUUCUGCUUCGUCGCCGUCGGCGUGGGUGGCGACGUCAAGCGGCUGCACGACGACUGUAACCUUGAGGUGGCCCACACGAUGGACCUGCCUCAGGUCGCGGCGGUUGUGCUCGGCCGGCCAGAGCUCCGGCAGGCAGGGCUCAAGACCCUAGCGCGAGAGGUGAUGAACACUCUCAUCGAGAAGCCGAAGAAGGUGAUAAUGAGCAAGUGGGCCGCGCCGCACCUGUCAAGGGAGCAGAUCCGGUACGCCUGCAUCGACGCCUUCGUGUCCUUCGACGUUGGCCGCCGGCUACUCUGCGAACCCCGUGUUUAG